AUGUCUAUCCCCCCAGAAGCUUUGCAAAAGCUCGUUCAAGAGAUUGAAUCGCGCGCGAUUGUCGCUCAGCAACAGAUUAACAUCGUCAAGACACAGAUCUCUACGAAGCAACGCGAUGUACGGCUGCUGCAACUCACCUCGAGCGAAUUGAGUACUAUACCGAAGGAAACAAAUGUGUACGAGGGUGUAGGGAAAAUGUUCGUGUUCACUCCGAUCGAUGCGGUCAACUCGCGGCUUUCGUCCGAGGAUGCGACUCUCAAGAAAGAUAUUAGCGACCUGGAGAAGAGGUUGCAUUAUCUCGAGACGACGUAUGAAAAAAGUAGGGAGAAUAUUGAGCAUAUUCUGAGGGGCACGGGUGCAUAG